AUGUCGCAUGCUCUUGAGCCCUUUGUCAGCGAAGACAUUGAGAAUGGCGAUGAGCAGACACCGGAAACAGCUGCAGAGCAUCGGCCAAGUUGCAAGUGGGCAGCGGGUGGAGUUCUCCUACUCAUGAUUGCUUGCUGCAUGGGUUUGUGGAUGGGGGGGCGAGCCUCCCAUUUCGAUCCUCCCCACACCCUCCAUGGCCCCGACUUCAUCAACUUCGAGAGCAUUCGCGCCGAGGACGAGUUCUUGAACCUGGGCCCGGGAUCGGUGUGCCGAGGGGACAAGGUCGAUGCCCACCUGGGGCCCACGGGCAAAGAGGGAAUGGUGCUGUCUAACACGAACCCGAAGAAGGAUGGAGUGAGCCCUGAAAAGUGUGAGGAACGCUGUGCCGAGUGGUCGGAAUGCAAGGGCUACGAGCUCGGCCCCGAAAAAGAACAGCGCUGCGAGCUUUGGGUUGGGCUUACCCACCACGAGGACCUCUUUGAGCAUAACACGGUCUACAACAACUACAAAGCUUUGAAGAUGCACGAAAAGCAUUCGCCCUUGGCGGAGUACCACUGUGUCCUCAAGGUCAGCCAUGAUUCCUUCACCAGCCAAUUCGACCGCCUUGCGGAGGGCUGCAAGAACGACAUGGUUGAGCGGCACGCGCAUGUCCUGCGAGGCCGUCAUGCGAACUUCUCGUUAACCUGCGAGAGCGAGGUGGGAGCACCAGGCCAUCAGCACUGGCACCCCCACCAAUGUCUCUCCAGACGCAAUAAUUCAAUUAUCAAUGCCGUGAAAAGGCUUGACCAGCUGAUGCAAAAUUGCGCGAAGCCCUUGGCGAAGCAAAUCGUAGAGCCCACCGCCAAAGCGAAGCCCAGCCCCACACAAGAACCCAGGCCCGUGGCAAAGCCUGCGGCAGGGGGGGUGAAUUGGUUGCUCAUUGCCAUCAUCGUGGCUUGCGUUCUCGGACUCGGGGCCCUCGCGGCCAUGAGCCAACAUCCAGCUGUACAGGCGGCGAUCUUUGGUCCUCCCAACACGGGUUUGCCAAACCUCAUGGGGUCGCAGCCUGGAGGCAAAGGCCCCCGAGAUGCAGGGACUGGCUACAAUCCUGUGGACAACUAG